AUGGCGACUACUCGUGACGUCUCUCGGCAGGUUCCCACCGCACGCCGAGACCGCCUCCAGCAAUUCGGUUCGCAGGAGUGGCAGGGCAUCGAGGUAAAAGUCUUGUUCAUCUUCAACUCUCCCGACGGUGGAAAAGCCGAGGGCGACGGUAUUAAGUGGGAAGCCUUCCUUCUGUUCAAAGCUCGGGACUUGCCACGGCUCAUGAGAGAGGGUUUCCACUGGAACGCAGCCAACUUGGAUAGGGAGGCCGGCUACAUGGAGCGGCGUCUCCUCUCCGACGACAGGUUCAACGAUGAAGACCGCUGGUCGUGCUCCCGCACCUUUUUCCUCUCGGACCUGAGCGACGACCCUCAAUGGGCCGCGAAGCUCAUCGUCUACCCGGAGAAGGUGACUGUCUUGUCAAGCUUCACAAUCACGAACAUCAACAUGGACACUAUGAAUGGGGCUGCCGCGUGUAAGAAGGUGGCUGACCAGGACAGAGCCACACAGUGGGUUUACUUCUGGCAUCGCAACUAUCUGGAGGACAACUUCAACGCCAUCUACGACGACAUGCCGUUGACAGGAUGGUGGCCAUGGCCCAGGCAAGAAGUCGACGAUGACGAUAUUACCUUGAUGGACGUGGCAAAUGAGUGGCGAGAGACUUGGAUACCUGGUCAGACAGGCAGUUUUUAUCGACAUAGUUGGAAAAUACAGUACAGAUCAUAUCAAUUUGGUCGACGAGGAACAAGCCUCGAACCCCUGUUCAUAGUGACAUGUCCGACUCAACCGUGCAGGGCUACACAUCCCGCCCAGCAGCAGAUUGAAUGCUCACGCAUUCUUGUCAAUAUGACGUGGAUGUCAAGUGUGACGACAAUCAAAAGCACGGUGACAAGCAAGUAG